UUUGAUCCUGACUUCUCUGAUCCUCCCCUUCUUCCAGUGCCCCCCUCUUGUCUCCUGAUAAGACAUAUUGUGUGGAGUAACUCUGCACAUGCACAGUUUGGUGUUUUUUUUUCUUGGGAGAGUCCAUGUGAUCAGCACACGACGAAUCAGCAAUGUCCAGACAGAGGUCAGGGGUUCUGCAUCCUCCUAGAGCAAAAUUAAAACUCCUCCUAAAACCUUUAACCAGUGCUCAGCUAGACACUAUUAGAAGUCACAAGACUGCUCUAACUGCUGAUGAGAAAAGGUAUUUAGGAGUUUAUAUUUACUAA